AUGCCUCGCGCCGAGGUCGGCUCGACCAAGCACCUCAGUAACAAGAUGAAGUCAAAAGGGCUUCAGCGGCUGCGCUGGUACUGCCAAGUCUGCGAGCGGCAGAUGCGCGACGAGAACGGCUUCAAAUGCCACGUGCAGAGCGAGUCGCACGUGCGACAAAUGCUGCUCGUCGGCGAGGACCCGAAGAAACACAUCGCGCGGUACAGCGAGGAUUUCAAGCGGGACUUCUUGCAGCUUCUGCGGACGAGCCACGGCGAGAAGUUGACGAAUCUGAACCACUUUUACCAGGAGUAUAUCGCGAACAAGGAGCACGUGCAUAUGAACGCGACCAAGUGGCCCAGCUUGACCGAGUUUGCGAAGUAUCUAGGGAGAGAAGGGAUUUGUAGGGUCGAGGACGUGGAAGGGAAGGGGUUGCAUGUUGGGUGGAUUGAUAACUCGCCGGAGGCGCUCAGGCGACAGGACGCGAUCAGAGCGAAAGAACGGCAGGACAGGGGCGAUGAGGAGAGGGAGCAGCGCUUGAUCAGACAGCAGGUCGAGAAAGCGCAGCAGGAGGCAAAGGCGGAAGAGGAGGCGAGUGCAGAAGCUAGGCAGCUGCAGAGGGAGGAAGGGGAGAAGAUCACGCUCAACUUUGGCGCGAAGCCUGCGGCAGCAAAGCCGGCAUCGCCAUCCAACGAAAAUGGUCCGACCGAAGCAGCAACGCCUGCUGAGGGAACGACUCCCGAAUCAACGUCAGAAACCGCGCCUGCUUCUGCGGCGCCCGCUGUCAAGAUGUCGCUCAACAUGGGCGCAGCCAAGCCGAAGAACGUCUUUGCUGCCGCAAAGAAGAACCCGCUGGCGGCGAAGAAGGCCUUUGUGAAGGAACCACCGAAGAAGAUGAGCGAGGCAGAACGCAUUAUGAAAGAGGAGAUUGAGCGCAAGCGGGCGCGCGAAGCUGCCGGACCGGGUCAGGGAGGGUUCAAGAGGCAGAAAGUCGCGUAG